CCAAUGCUGUCACCUUGUUAAAAACACCUUUGUAUACGGCAUGAUAAAUAACAAAUUAUUUCAAGCUGAUUAUAUUUAUUUAUUUGCAAUAAUAAAAAACAUGUCCACGAAAAGAAAAUAUAAUAUAGAUGAUGACGAUGACAACAACUUACAAGAUAUCCAUGUGAGCAACAAAAAGCAUACAUUGGAUUCUGAUGAAGAGGAUAGCGAUGAUUAUGAGAAAGAUAACCUAGGUGACAGUGACAUCGAGGGUGAGGAAGAUGGUGUGUCUAAAGUUCAGGAUGAAGUCAAAAUUACGCCAUUUAAUAUGCGGGAAGAAUUAGAAGAAGGCCAUUUUGACAAGGAAGGAAAUUAUCAUUGGAAUAAAUCAAAUGACAUUAAAGACAACUGGCUGGAUAACAUUGACUGGGUUAAAAUACAAAAGGAAAAAGAAAUUUCGAAGAUUGCUGACGGAAAUGAUGCAGCUGAUGCUAAAUCGAUGGAAGUUUAUAAUGAAGCAUUGCUUUAUAAACAAUUGUUAUUUUAUAUGAAUGAAGGUGAAUCUGUUGCUUGUACUCUGAAACGACUUGGCAAAAAUAGAGUCAAGAUGAGUUCUGUGGAAAGACUAAGGUUAAAAAAACAAGGUAUCACAGAUGUAAAUGGAGAUAAAAUUACAAAACUUACUGAGUUGGCUAACGAAAUUUUAACGAAAACUGGCAACAUGGAUAUAUAUCAGGCGACUUUUGAAUCUUUAAAAGAAAAAGUUAAUUCUAUUCCGAGCACAAGCAAAGAUGGUGUAAAAUUAACAGAUACAAGUUUUGAUAUGUAUUCUGAUGACUUCAACAAAAAAGAGAAGGAUCAGCUUAACAAGAAUAACGAAAGUGUAGAAAAAGAAGCGACAGUGGAAUCAACAUCGAAAGAGCUUCUUUGGGAAUUCAAGUGGAAGGAAAAAGAUACCAAACUACAUGGACCAUUUCAUACCAAACAAAUGCUCAAAUGGUCGAAAGAUGGAUACUUCAAAACCGGAGUUUAUGUUAGAAAAGUGGGAGAACUAACGAAUUUUUAUACAAGCAAUCGUAUAGACUUUGAUCUUUAUUUGUAAACUAGCUGACCCGACAGACGUUGUCCUGUCCAAAUUAGAAAAAAAGUUUAUGUUUGAAUUUGUAUUUUUUAAUGAUAAUUUUUAAAAUAUGUACAAUGAAUCUUAUUUACAUUUUGAUUGAAGAAUCGAUGUUCAGGUAACCAAUUAAAAUAAAUACGUUUUUCGAUUGC